UUUCCAACACAAGAGCAGCUGUGUCACCCCCUCACCUGUCCCUUGUCCCUCAGGUGCCCCUCGCUGCCUCGGAGGCCUCUGAAGAUGUCCAACAGCAACACAGCACAGGAGUCCCUGGAAAUUAUGAAGGAAUCAGAAAAAAAAGUGGUCGAGGAAUCCGUGAACAAAACCAAAUAUGUGUCCAGGUCACCAAGCAAGGAGGAGGUGGAGAAGGAUGGGGGGGAGGAGGUGAGCGUGCGCCAGGAGUCCCAGAAACGAACAUCGAGUCAUGGACACGCCAGGAAAAGAGCCAAGUCUAACUCAAAGCUUAAACUGGUCAGGAGUUUGGCUGUGUGUGAGGAAUCCUCAGGCCCCUUCGUGGAUGGGCUACUGGAGUCUCAGGACAUCAUCCAGCUGCACGUGAGCUGUCCCUCUGACAAGGAAGAGGAGAAAUCCACAAAAGAUGGGGUGGAGAAAGAAGAAAAGGACAAGAAUAAAGAAAAAACACCAAGGAAGAUGCUCUCUCGAGAUUCCAGCCAGGAAUAUACAGACUCCACUGGAAUAGAUUUGCAUGAAUUUUUAGUAAAUACACUGAAAAAAAACCCAAGGGAUAGAAUGAUGCUGCUCAAGUUGGAACAGGAGAUUCUGGAGUUCAUUAGUGAUAGCAACAAUCAGUUCAAGAAGUUUCCCCAGAUGACCUCGUACCACCGCAUGCUGCUGCACCGGGUCGCUGCUUAUUUUGGGAUGGAUCACAACGUGGAUCAGACUGGGAAGGCCGUGAUCAUCAACAAGACCAGUAACACACGAAUCCCCGAGCAGAGAUUCUCUGAGCACAUCAAGGAUGAGAAGAAUGCAGAAUUCCCCCAGAGGUUUAUCCUAAAACGAGAUGACACCAGCAUGGACCGGGAUGAUAACCAGAUCAGACUCCCCUUGCAGGAUGGGAGAAGGAGCAAAUCCAUAGAAGAGCGAGAGGAGGAAUAUCAGCGGGUCAGGGAGCGGAUAUUUGCACGAGAGUCUGGCCAGAACGGAUACCUCACAGACAGCAGGGGCACCAGGGAGGGGCUGAGCAGAGCCUCUGGCAGCCGCCAGAGCAGCACCGAGAGCGACAUCAAAUCCCUGGAGCCGCGGCCCUGGAGCAGCACGGACUCUGAUGGCUCCAUCCGCAGCCUGAGGCCACCUGUCACCAAAGCCAGCAGCUUCAGUGGCAUCUCCAUCCUCACCAGGGGGGACAGCAUCGGGAGCAGCAAGGGCAGCUCUGCCAGCAGGACCUCACGGGCAGGUUUGGUGCUAGGUGCCCCCGAGGCCUGCAGCCAGUCCCCAUCCUCGCAGCCCAGCCGUGGCCUCCUGCCCUGCACGGCCCCACAGCCGCCCCCGCAGGCCCCCGGGCUCCCCCCAGCCCAGCAGCAGCCGGCCAUGAGCAGCCCCAUGAUGUCCCAGGCCGACGAGCUCAGCAGCCCCUUCGGGCAGAUCAGCCUCAGCCGACAGGGCUCAACAGAAGCCCCAGAUCCUUCCUCGGCGAUGUUCCAGUCAUCCCUCAUCUCCCAGCACCCUCAGCAGACAGGAUUCAUCAUGGCAACCCCUGGGCAGCCCAUUCCCACCUCCAGCUACUCCGCCUCGGGGCACACGGCCCCCACUCAGCAGGUGCUGCAGCCCCAGGGCUACAUUCAGCCUCCCCAACAAAUUCAGGUUUCUUACUACCCCCCCGGGCAGUACCCGAACUCCAGCCAGCAAUACCGACCCCUCAGUCACCCAGUGGCCUACAGCUCCCAGCGCCCACAACAGCUCCCCCAGCAGUCCCAGCAGCCAGGUUUACAGCCAAUGAUGUCCAACCAGCAGCAAACAUACCAAGGUGUGGUGGGGGUGCAGCAGGCACAGCCCCCCGGGCUCCUCAACAGCCAGAGGAACAACAUGGGGGGCCAGAUGCAGAGCGUGAUGGGGGUGCAGCAGGCACAGCCCCCCGGGCUCCUCAGCAACCAGAGGAGUGGGAUGGGGAGCCAAAUGCAAGGUCUGAUGGUCCAGUACACACCACUGCCUUCGUACCAGGUUCCCAUGGCCAGUGAGUCCCAGAACGUGGUCCAGCAGCCCUUCCAGCAGCCAGUGCUUGUGCCAGCCAGCCAGUCUGUGCAGGGGGGGCUCCAGGCUGGAGGGGUCCCCAUCUACUACAGUGUCAUCCCCACUGCCCAGCAGAAUGGCACCAGCCCAUCCGUGGGGUUCCUGCAGCCUCCUGGCUCUGAGCAGUACCAGAUGCCACAGUCCCCAGCACCCUGCAGCCCCCCCCAGAUGCAGCAGCAGUAUUCAGGGGUGUCCCCGUCAGGCCCUGGUGUGGUGGUGAUGCAGCUGAAUGUCCCCAACGGCCCCCAGGCCCCCCAAAACCCCCCCGUGGUGCAGUGGAGCCACUGUAAGUACUACAGCCUGGAGCAGCGGGGGCAGAAGCCAGGAGACCUCUACAACCCCGACACCAGUGCUCAGGCCAGCACCCAGCUGAACAGCCCCAUCACGUCCCCCACCCAGUCCCCGACGCCGUCGCCCGUCACCAACCUCAACAGUGUGUGCACGGGGCUGAGCCCCCUCCCCGUCCUCACACAGUUCCCCCGGCCCAUGGGCCCAGCACAAGGUGAUGGGAGGUACUCGCUGCUGGGCCAACCUCUGCAGUACAACCUGUCCCUGUGUCCCCCACCACUGCUCCACAACCAGCCCAGCUACACAGGACACCAGGGGCAGACUGGAAUGAAACAUGGAAACCGGAGCAAGAGACAGGCCCUGAAGUCAGCGUCCACCGACCUGGGGACAAGUGACGUAGUGCUGGGCCGGGUGCUGGAGGUGACAGACCUGCCCGAGGGCAUCACACGGACAGAGGCCGACAAACUCUUCACCCAGCUCGCCAUGGCCGGUGCCAAAAUCCAGUGGCUCAAAGAGACUCAGGGGCGCCGCGGGGACGGAGGCGGCGGGGACAACAGCGGGACUCCCGAGAACGGCAGGCACAGUGACCUCGCUGCCUUAUACACCAUCGUGGCCGUGUUCCCCAGCCCUCUGGCUGCCCAAAACGCCUCCCUCCGCCUCAACAACUCCCUCAGCCGCUUCAAACUGCGCGUGGCCAAAAAGAACUACGACCUGCGGGUGCUGGAGCGGGCCAGCUCCCAGUAGGGCUCCCGUGGGCACCGGGCACUCCCCUGGGCCUCUUCUCCUCCCACCUUCCCUUCCUCUCGCCCUCCUUCCUUGAUAUAUUUAUAUGAACAUAAUUAAGAGACGAGAAGUUGAUUUUUUUUUUUUUUUUUUUUUAAUUAUUAUUUUUGGAGUGACGCCCGUGCCCGCCCCCCUCCCUUGUGUCUAUGGUUUUGUUUAAGCACUGUGUUGGACCGCACAUACAGGUGUUGAUUGGUAUGUUCACUGCACAUUUUAUUUAAUCGGAUUAUUAUUUUGUUGGGGGGGAAUUUUU